CAAACGGUGCAAAAACAGCGCGGUGAAGGAAUCAAAACACGACUGGUUUGACAUUUCCCGCACACACAACUAUCAGUGAAAAAAUAAAUAAAACAUCAGCCAUUCUGAAAAUCAACAAGAGUUUACGAAGUAGCGGAAGUUUUCAAUCUUUUUAUAAUUUCCAAACCAUUUCAUGAUCAAAUAAUGUGUGAUAAUAAGCGAAAACUGCGAGGAAACUGAAAAAUUCAACAGUUGUUCUAGCACAUUUGGUGUAAACCAGUUAUUCCGUGGAAAAACCUAGACUUCGUAUCUUGUCUCCGACGUCCCACAAUCAUUGACGAUGUCUUCUUCGCCAUUCCAUCAUUUUGCCUUCAACCAUGGAACAAGAAAAAUAGCGCCGCUCAAAAUCCGCAAUCCAAGCAUCAGCCCUUCGCAAAUAAUGCCAACGCCGAGUGGAAUGCCGUUCAACAUUGCGGACAUGCCCUGGUCAUACAGCGGAAAACCGGGCCAGUUGAUGGAAUUCAAUGCCGUGAUCAGACCAAGCCCGAUUCUGCAAGCACCACUGCACCAUUCGAUGCCGUACCCGGAAAUGAGGAAAAGAAAAACGGAACCGGAUGUCGUGCCGAUCCCAUCCAAGCAGUUUUUCACCGACGAAUCAAUGGCCAUCCAUAUGAACAAUCUGCAUCUGUCGCCCGAGUACACAUCGCACAAUAUCGAAACGACAUCCGCUUCCGAAGGCACAACACUCGGAUCCCUAUCGGCAUCCCCAUCGUCCUCACUGGAUGACGAUAUGUCGCUGGGCGAAGCAGGUCCAUCCACCUCCGGCGCCUCGUCGCACAUCUUCAUGUCCCCCCAAGAGCUGGAGGAACGGCUCAAAAAGGCACAACGAAUCACACUGUGCGAGGAAGUCCGCAAGUUGGACAAUCGUACGGAGAUCCUUCCGCAGGUGCUACUGGAAAGGAUCGAAAAGCCAUGCACGGCACUUGUUUUGUGGCAGCCUCCGCAAGUCCUGGAAAAGAUCCUGACGAAGGUAGGUACUGCUUCGAAAGAAAAUGACGAACGGGACAAUGAUCAGGAUAGACAACCGGAGUUUACCCGGCCGUCGAGGCCUAACAGCGAGCAGGCCAUGGGUGACGACGAGGAGGUUUUGCCCGAUCUGCCAGAGUAUGAUGAUGAUCUCGAUUUUGAGGAGAACAAUAAUAACGUGGACACGGUGAACGAUUUGAACAGUAUGGACGUGGAGAUGUAGUGGGCCGAGUGCUCAUGAUCUACUGAUUCGUGAAUCAAUGCAUGUCAUGUACAAUGUUUUCUUUUUUUAAUUCAUACUUAUAGAUGUAAGGCGCAAGAUCCUAAUCCGGUAGGUUCGCUAUGAAGCUUGCGGUCGAUAAGAUUGUUGAUAUACAUUUUUGGGUGCAAAUUACGAAAUAUAGACGAAAAUUUUUAACCUCGAA